CAUAUAGCUGACCUAAUUCACAACUGCAUUGAAAUCGGAAAAUUAACCCAAUUCCUAUCUAAGUAGCAGCUAGCGCUUAGAGUUCUCUUUCUCCGAUCUAGUGCAUACUUAAAACCAAAGGAAAAUAUGGGGCAGCUCUUUUUCUUCUCCUUCCUCCCUCUUGUGUCUUUUCUGAUGAUCAUCUUCUCCCAGACCAAGCCUGUAAUGGCUGUCUCACUAAACACCAAUUCACGGUGGAUUGUCAACGAAGAUGGGCAACGUGUGAAGCUGUCGUGCGUGAAUUGGGUGUCACAUUUGGCGCCCGUGGUGGCUGAGGGUCUUAGCAAGCAGCCAAUGGAUGCAAUCUCCAAGAGGAUCGUGUCCAUGGGAUUCAAUUGCGUUAGGCUCACAUGGCCACUUUCAUUGGCCACUAAUCGCUCACUAGCUUCUCUUACUGUAAGACAGUCCUUUCAGAGUCUGGGUCUGUCUCAAUACAUUUCUAGCAUCCAGGAUAACAACCCUUCCAUCGUUGAUCUUUCCCUCAUAAAGGCUUUCCAGGCAGUAGUAGCUAACCUUGGGGCCAACAAUUUGAUGGUCAUACUGGACAAUCACAUCAGCGAGCCCGGUUGGUGUUGCAGCGAAACUGACGGCAAUGGUUUCUUUGGUGACAAGUAUUUCAACCCGGACGUUUGGAUCGACGGACUAACUCAAAUGGCCACCAUGUUUAAAGGUGUCUCCAAUUUCGUCGGCAUGAGCUUAAGGAAUGAGCUCCGAGGCCCCAGACAGAACGUGAACGAUUGGUACAGGUACAUGCAGAAAGGAGCAGAAGCAGUGCACUCGGCGAACCCAGAUGUUCUUGUGAUUCUCUCAGGCCUGAGCUACGACACAGAUCUGUCAUUCCUCCGAAAUCAGCCGCUUAGCCUCACAUUCACAGGGAAGCUGGUAUUUGAGGCGCACAGGUACGGAUUCACAGAUGACAAAACGUGGAGAAAUGGCAACGCGAACGAAGCGUGUGGGAUAGUUUUAGACAUAAUCAUGAGGUCGGCAGGAUUUUUGGUGGAGCAGGGGUGGCCAUUGUUCUUCAGUGAGUUUGGGAUGGACUUAAGAGGCAACAACACACUUCUCAACCGGUACAUGAAUUGCUUCUUGUCUUUGGCAGCUAACCUUGACUUUGAUUGGGCGUUGUGGACUCUCGGGGGGAGUUAUUAUGUUAAACAAGGAGUCAUUGGAUUCAAUGAAUACUAUGGGCUACUUACCUGGAAUUGGACUGACCCCCGAAAUUCAAACUUUCUGCAGAGGAUAUCUGCCCUCCAAUCUCCUUUUCAAGGGCCAGGGCUAUCAGAAAGCAAUGAACACCAAAUAAUUUUCCAUCCGUUAACGGGUCUUUGUGUCCUAAAAGAAUCAAUGCCUGAACUAUUGAAAUUGGGUCCCUGCAACAGCUCUGAAGCCUGGAGUUACACAGCCAAUAAAAAUUUAUCACUGAAGGGAACAAAUUUCUGCUUGCAAGUAGAUGGAUUGGGGAAGCCAGCAAAACUUGGCAGUGAUGAUUGCACCGGCUCUGGUUCACAAUGGGAAACCAUCUCAGAUUCUAAGAUGCAUCUCUCGUCGGAAGUUGGCAAUGCUACUAGUUUUUGCCUAGAUGUUGACUCCGACCGCAUCAUUGUGACGAAUAUUUGCAAAUGCUUGAGCAAAGAUACAACGUGUGAUCCAGAGAGUCAGUGGUUCAAGCUUAUCAAAAGCACAAGAAAUCUCAAUUCCUAAAAAUCCUUCAAGAAUAGCUUAUCUUGAACGAGCUUUGUUAGGAAUUUAAGGAAAAUUUUAAAAUAUUAAAUAGAUAAUUUAAUUUAUGAGAGCCGAUUAUCAGAUAGU